AUGGCGGCUGGGGCGCUGUGUGAGCUGGCGAUCCCUCACUUCACCAGCAAGACCAUCUUCGCCGUCAACCGCGGCGCGGCGCCCGAGGUUUUCCACUCCCACCUCCAGAUGCUCGCGGCCGCUGCAGGGGGCUUUGCAGUCUUCGCGGCGCUCCGCGGCUGGCUGUUUGGCGUGCUGAACAACCGCUUCGUCUGCAACCUGCGGGCGCGGCUGUUUGGGGUGCUGAUGCGGGAAGAGACGUCCUUCCACGACGUGCACGAGCCGGGGGAGCUAACCAGCCGCCUGACCAGCGACUGCUACUCUAUCAGCCGCUGCAUCGCCACAAACGUCAACGUGGCGCUGCGCAACCUGCUGCAGGUCGUAGGCGGCGGCGCCAUCCUCGUGUCGCUGUCGCCGCACCUGGCGGGGGCGUGCCUGUGCGUCUUCUCGGUGCUGUGGGUGGUGACGGACGUCCUGGCCAGCAGCAACGCGUGCGCCGAGGAGGCGUUCAUGGGCAGCCGCGUUGUGCGCGCCACGGGGACGGAGGCGGUGGAGCAGCAGCGAUACGGCACCUGGCUACAGCGGCUUUACAACAUCGGGAUGCGGCAGUCCGCGGCCUGGGGGCUGUACGUAGUGGCGGGCACCACGGCGCACCAGGCGUGCGUGGCGCUGUCGCUGCUGCUGGGGGGCACCAUGUGCUACCAGGGGCUGGUGACGCCCGAGCAGCUGACGGGGUUCAUAUUCUACGUGCAGCUCGUGACGUCAUCGUCGCUCGCGGUGUGCGACCAGUACGGGGCCAUCAUGGAGGCCGUGGGCGCCAGCGAGCGCGUGCUGGAGCACCUGUCGGACCCGCCCGCCCCCCAGAUUGCGCCCGGCAUCGUGCCCAAGGCCGGCUUCAGCGGCCGCGUCGAGCUCCGGGGCGUCGGCUUCAGGUACCCCAACAGGCCGGAGGUGCAGGCGCUCAAGGACAUUGACAUGAUCCUGCAGCCCGGCAGGCUAACGGCGCUCGUCGGCCUGAGCGGCAGCGGCAAGAGCACGCUGGUGGCGCUGCUGCUGCGGCUGUACGACCCGACAGAGGGCGCGAUCCUGCUGGACGGCCAGGACCUGCGGAGCCUCGACGCCGCCUGGUUCAGGAGCCAGAUAGGGGUCGUGUCGCAGGAGCCCAAGCUGCUGUCCCUUGACAUCAGCAGCAACAUCCUCUACGGCUGCCCCUGGCCCGCGACACAGGCGGACGUGGAGGCGGCAGCCAAGGAGGCCAACGCGCACGAGUUCAUAACGGGGCUGCCUGACGGCUACAGCACUAAGGUCACCGACAAGCUGCUGUCUGGCGGCCAGCGCCAGCGCAUCAUCCUGGCGCGCGCCCUGCUGCGGCGACCGCGGCUGCUCGUGCUGGACGAGGCCACCAGCGCCCUGGACGCGGAGUCUGAGGAGCGGGUACAGCAGGCGCUCGACCGCGUCAUGCAGGACCGCGGCCGCACGGUGCUGGUGAUCGCGCACCGCCUGAGCACAGUGCGCAACGCGGAUCGCAUCGUCGUGCUGGACAGGGGAGAGAUCGCGGAGCAGGGCACCCACAAGGAGCUGACGGCUCUGAAGGGCAUCUACUAUUCCCUGGUCAGGCGCCAGCAGAAGGGCCUCUCGCCCUCAGACCAGGACCUCAGCCCGAUGCACCCUCCGCUGAUGUCGUCCUUUGAGGAAGACGGCUACGACGGCGGCGGCCGCGACGGCGCCCGCUCAGCGGCCGCGGCAGCGGCCGCCAGCAUGGACGGCCAGGCCCCCCUUAACGGGAACGGCCAGGCCUCCGCCAACGGGAACAGCAAGCCGCUGCCGCCGCUGCCCAACAUGCCGGGCGAGCGGCCUGAUGCAACGCCGGCGCCGGAGGCGAUGGCGGCGGCGGCGGGGGCGGCGAUGGGGCUCGGGCCGGAUAUGGUGGUGGCGGUCGCCAGGGCGGACGCGUCGACCGCAGCCAAGUGA